UGAGAGGGGUCAGAGGUCACGGGUCAGUGUCAUAUACAGCUACAGAAAACUGAUUUAUGGAGCAGUUGGAGGUAUCCGUCUGGCAACUGGAGCCUGAGCUUCCCUUCCUCCACAGGACCUGAGUGCUCACCUCUGCCAGUCUUCCCCCUCCUCUCCCUCCAGACCUCAUCAGUUCAUUCACACCUAGAUCUAAAUAUACCACAGCAUCACUUCUGUCUGGAUUCCCCAGGAUCAUCUGCUUCUGGAUUGGCUGAAAUCGCACUGUGCUGUGCUUACUGAUUCCAGCAGAGAGACCCACUUGAAGUGCCAUAGUUGCUGGGCGGGUUUUCAGAGUUGGGGUUUUGUUUGGGGGGUUCUAUUGUUGUUACCGUGGUUACGCAUCACUAAUUGAAGAAGGAUGGAGGCGCCGUUCGCCAUGGGGAUGGCUGCCAAGCUGCGCAACCAGUGGGACCGUGAGCAGGGUCUGGGCCAGAACCACAACGCCGUUAAGUUCCAGGGCCAGGACUUCGAGUCUCUGCUGGCCCACUGCCUCCAGACGAGGACGCUGUUCGAGGACCCGCUCUUCCCGGCACAGCCUUCUUCACUGGGCUUCAACGAGCUGGGGCCGCGGUCCUCCAAGACUCAGGGCACGCGGUGGAUGCGACCCCCGGAGUUCUGCUCUCAUCCCCAGUUCAUCAUGGAUGGAGCCACGCGCACAGACAUCUGCCAGGGAGUACUUGGUGACUGCUGGUUGCUGGCGGCCAUUGCGUCUCUGACUCUGAAUGAUAACCUUUUGCACCGCGUCGUGCCUCAUGGCCAGAGCUUCACCACCGGAUAUGCUGGAAUCUUCCACUUCCAGUUUUGGCAGUUUGGCGAGUGGGUCGACGUGGUGAUUGACGACCGGCUGCCGGUGAAGGAUGGAAAGCUGCUGUUUGUGCACUCGGCUGAGGGAGGGGAGUUCUGGAGCGCCCUGCUGGAGAAGGCCUACGCCAAACUGAACGGCUGCUAUGAGGCUCUGUCAGGCGGCAGCACGUCGGAGGGCUUUGAGGACUUCACGGGCGGUGUGACGGAGAUGUUCGAGCUACGCAAGGCUCCCUCUGACCUCUACAGCAUCAUGGGCCGAGCCAUAGAGAGAGGCUCCCUCCUGGGCUGCUCCAUAGACAUCACCAGCAAUCAUGACAUGGAGGCUGUGACCUUCAAGAAGCUGGUGAAAGGUCACGCCUACUCGGUGACAGCUGUGGACGAGGUGGUGUACAGGGGUAACAUGACUAAACUGGUGCGGAUCCGUAACCCUUGGGGAGAAGUGGAAUGGACUGGAGCCUGGAGCGACAACUCAAGGGAAUGGGAGAGUGUGGACCAAUCAGUCAGGGGCCGGCUACAGAACCGCAGUGAGGAUGGAGAGUUCUGGAUGUCGUUCAGUGAUUUUUUGCGAGAAUUCAGCCGUCUUGAGAUCUGUAACCUGACAGCAGACGCUCUGCAGGCGUCGAACCUUAAGAAGUGGAGCACGUCGCUUUACCAGGGCGAAUGGAGGAGGGGCAGCACCGCUGGGGGAUGCAGGAACUUCCCAGCCACCUUCUGGAUCAACCCACAGUUCAAGAUCGCGCUGCAGCACCCGGAUGUAUCCGGCCAAUCAGCUUGCAGCUUCCUGGUGGCUCUCAUGCAGAAAGAUCGUCGAAAGAAGCGGAAGGAGGGCAAAGACAUGGAGACCAUUGGAUUCGCCGUCUACGAGGUUCCAGAUCAGUACCGGGGUCGUUCGGGAGUGCACCUGAAGCGAGACUUCUUCCUGACGAACGCGUCGAGUGCCCGCUCCGAGACCUUCAUCAACCUGCGCGAGGUCAGCUCUCGCUGCCGCCUGCUGCCCGCCGGCGAGUACAUCAUCGUGCCCUCCACGUUCGAGCCCAACAAAGAGGGCGACUUCGUCCUCAGGGUCUUCUCUGAGAAGCCUGCCAACUCCGAAGAGCUGGAUGACAACGUCGUUGCAGAUAUUCCUACUGAGACCAAGUUGGAUGAAAGUCAGAUUGAUUCAGGAUUCAAGAGCUUGUUCAGACAGCUAGCUGGCGCGGACAUGGAGAUAAGUGUCACAGAACUUAAAACCAUUCUCAACCGUAUCAUUGGCAAACAUAAAGACCUGAAGACUGAUGGCUUCACUGAAGAGGCCUGUCGUAGUAUGAUCAACCUGAUGGAUACUGAUGGCAGUGGAAAGUUGGGAUUGACUGAGUUCCAUGUGUUGUGGGAGAAGAUCAAACGCUAUCUGACUGUCUUCAGACAAUUUGACCUGGAUAAGUCGGGCACCAUGAGCUCCUAUGAAAUGCGCAUGGCCCUGGAGUCUGCAGGCUUCAAAUUGACCAAUCACCUGUUCCAGUUGAUCAUCCUGCGCUACACAGAGGAGGAUCUGUCGGUUGACUUUGACAACUUUGUCACCUGUUUGAUCCGCCUGGAGACCAUGUUCAAAACGUUUAAGACGAUGGACACAGACUCUGAUGGGGUCAUAUCCCUCAAUUUCUUUCAGUGGAUCUCCCUCACUAUGUUCGCCUAGAGAGGCUGCAUGUUGGCUGAAGAUUCUGAGCCUCAGUCCAGCACCCUGUGCCAACCCACACCCCCUGCCCACCCUUAUACCAGCCGUGCCUUAAUGCCUUACCACCCCAAACCGGUGGUGGGACUUCGGGCCAGACUGCUUUCACUUUUUAACCUCUUCCCUCCCACAGUGGGUUCCUGUUUACAAGACUGGUCAUUUAGUGUGUGUGCCAAAUAGUGCACUGCGUCCUACUACAAUCAUCACCAUUUUGACAAGGAAGGACUUCAGUGGUGCUUCCGUGAGACUGCCAUGUGGAUUAAGUGUAUUAUAGGCUAUUCCUUGUUUUAGCCUAAAACAUUACUUUAAAUUAUGUCCCACUGCAUAAACACUAUGCAGAUUAGAGAGAUAACAUCAUUAUACUAGGUAACAUCAGCUGAUGAAGUGACAUAUCAAGGGUUGGUGAGAGAUUCCCAAAUCAACAAUUUUAGGUUUCAUUCUAUGUUGUGUGGUAUUCUCAAUACCAAAGAUAUACCAAAAUAUAAUCUUGGGGCAAAAUGCAAAUUAUGUGGAUAUGCUUGCCAUUGCUUGGAGUAAUGGAGUGUAAAACUCAGCAUUCACAAUCAUGGAUAUUGCUUACAUGCUACUUUAUUGAGGCUUUGCCUUUGCUGCCUCGU